AUGUCUUCUGCUUCCAAUUCUCAUGUGCCUCUAGUCAUCCUCGGAGCGGGGGUGAUCGGACUCACCAUCGCCCACAUUGCUGCCUGUGAUCCAGAUGUGACCUUUGAUAUCACAAUCAUUGCGAGAGAUAUGCCUGGGGAUUGGGAUUCUCAAGCUUGGGCGAGUCCAUUCGCUGGUGCGAAUUGGUCUCCAAUGCUGUUGGGCGCUACAGAUGAGCGUGUGCGAAGAUGGGAGCAGACAACAUUUGAUAGGUUGUGGGAAAUGAUACCAUCGGGCCUAGUCAAAAAAUUACCCUCUAUAAUGUUUGCAGAAACGGACGACAUUCUUUCCACCCUUUGGUGGAAAGACCUUGUGCGCGACUUCAGUGUGCUCCCAGAUUCUCAAAUCCCUGCACCAUAUAAAGUUGGAAUUGCUUUUGACACUGUCUGCAUCAACCCAUUGGAGUAUCUACCAUGGCUUCGAUCAGAGCUCGAGUCUCGUGGUGUUACAUUCCGUCGCCAACACGUAUGGAGUUUGGACGAAGUCAAGCCUUUUGUUGGGAAAACGGGGUUGUUGGUUAACGCAACAUCUCUUGGUUCACGGUCUCUGAUUGGGGUAGAAGAUACGGCCCUGUUUCCAAUCAGGGGACAAUCUAUUAUAGUCGAAAGAGAAGGGCUGCAUAAAUUCAUAUCAGCUCGGUCUGGUGCCGGGCUGUCGGAACUUGUGACAUCUGUCAUUCCUCGCCCUGGACUGAUCGAAACGGAUACUGCGCUUCUAAAUGGGACAUAUCAAAAAGGAAAUUGGGACACCUCUCUGGAUAUGUCAGUUGCAAAAGGGAUAUUUGAGCGGUGCUCCGCGCUGGAGCCGUGUCUGAAAGAAAAGACGAAGAUCCUUAGACACACCGUCGGUCUUAGGCCCGACAGGGAGGGCGGUCCACGUGUGGAGGUUGAGCGAAUUUCGCUCCCUCUUAGACGAAGUGACGGCUUGGUUCCAUACGUGACCGAGCAUGCGGAAGAAGAGCAGCAGGAGAUACCGGUCAUUCAUGCAUAUGGAAUGGGCGCCGCAGGCUACCAAAGAUCAUGGGGUGUCGCCAUCGAGGUUCUGUCUCUACUCAAGGAGAACGUACAGACAGGCUGCUGA